AUGUCUGGAGAAGCCUGGCUAUACCUGAUAGCCGUCCUCAUCAAUGCCGUCAACCUCUUCCUUCAAGUCUUCUUCACCAUCAUGUACAGCGAUCUGGAAUGGUACGCCCGACCCCGACCCCGACCCUCACCGCCGCCUUGCUGGUCCAAGAAUGCUGACCUGUUCUCCUCGNNCAGCGACUACAUCAACCCCAUUGACCUUUGCAACCGCCUCAACACCUACAUCGUCCCCGAAGCUGCCGUCCACGCUUUCCUCACCAUCUUGUUCCUCGUCAACGGUUACUGGAUCGCCUUGAUCCUCAACCUGCCUCUGCUUGCUUGGAACGCAAAGAAGUCAGUCCUCUUUCGCCCAACCUACAAUGCCCUUGCUGACCACAUCCAGNNAAUCUUUGAGAACCAACACCUGCUGGAUGCGACCGAGAUCUUCAGAAAGCUCAACGUCCACAAGAAGGUACGCCCCUGUGCUGAGAAUUGUCAAGACCUGCUCCCAACUGACAUUGCUCCANNGGAAUCUUUCAUCAAGCUCGGCUUCCACCUCGUCAUGUUCUUCUUCUACCUCUACAGCAUGAUCGUCGCCCUCAUCCGCGACGAGUCGCACUAG